GAUGUGUUAUUAUCGCCGUUUUUUCACUCUGCACAAAUCUUGCUGUGGUUGGUUUGGAGAGGUGAUAACGGCUGUCAUGUGAGCUGUGGGAUUCAUGGCGUGUCUGAAGGACAUUUAAACUGUGACCUCCAGUUUUAUAUCUUAUUUCCCUUCCUUCUCAUGCAGCAUAUGUGAAAGCAGCCACACACAAAUGACAAUAGCUACAGCUGAGCUUCAGCUGCCACAGCCUCCCAAGGACUGCAAAGGUCUAAAGAGCAAUGCCAGAAGGAGAGACUUUCCUCUCCAUCUAUUUCUGAUCCUGACAGCACAUUCUUUACGUCUCCCCUGCUGUCAGUGAAAGGAGCCUCCUCUGCUGUUACCAAAAUAGCCUUUUCUUCCCCUCAUUUUGACAAGUGACCAGUUUUUCUUUUCAAGUGUAACAAAAUCGUUAAGUAGUCAUCACAAAGCGGUGGCAAUAAAGGAUGAUGAUUAUACAAAUUCUCUCUGCAUGGCCAGAUUGGGCCUGAAGUACCCUGCUGGUUUUACACUAAAGAGAAGAAUAACUACGGGAAGCACAAGUGGAAAGGAGAGAGCAAAACAGAAAGAGGAUGAGGAGAAGGAGGAACAAAACAGCUAGAAGGACUGGUGCUGGAGUGAGGAAAAGUACAGAUGAGGGACACAGAGGCAGGCAGACAGAAUAAGGGAUAGAAAACUGUGCUUGGUGAGAGAGAGACAGAGGAAGAAAUGGAGAAAAGGCGGAUAUCUGCAGCACCCCAGCUGCGAGGCUUAAGGAGCUUAGCCCUCCUGCCCAUCACAGAACACUCCUCAAGUGCAGGCAUUCACCGCUGCUGAGCUACUACUGAGAGAAAAGUGAGCAAGAGAAGCAGAGAGAGGAGACGUGUGGGUGGUGGGGCUCAAUAUGGGAAAAUGACGCAGAAGGAAGUGUAAACCGACCGGGGCCGGUCCCUGCCUUCCUCAGGAGCCCACCUGUCAUCCAAGCCCCACUGGACAUGAAGCCCUUAUUCCAGUUCCCCCUGGAGUCGCCUCACCCAGCCAAUAUCGGCCUCUUCCACAACUUUAAUACAAUGGACCCUGUUCAGAAGGCUGUGAUGACACACACCUUCGGGCCACCUAUGGUGAAGACAAAGCGUCCAAUCAUCUCCUGCAAUGUCUGUCAAAUACGCUUCAACUCAGAGAGCCAGGCAGAGGCCCACUAUAAGGGGAAUCGCCAUGCUCGGAGGGUGAAGGGGAUCGAGACAUCCAAGAUAGCUCGUCUCCAAGAUGGCGACAAGCAGCACCCUCCCCCUACUGCUUCGCCCACUCCACCAGGCCCCUCGCCAUCCAGCCCUGAACCUGAUCCUAAUAAGCAGGAUGACACCCAAUCCUGUCACAACUCUAACAAGUCACCUUUGACCCCUAGCCACCUUCCAACACCCACACUGAGCUCAGCAGACGCAGAGUGUUCCCUCUUGCCUUCUGUCAACACACCUUUGCCAUGUUCUCCCUCCCCGGCCCUCAGUACCCCCCCUGUGGAUCCAGCAGCGGCUGGUCUUCCUGAAACCCCCUCCCCAGCACCCAGCCCCUCUUCAGGAGAGUCAGAGGAAGAGAAAGCCAAGAAGCUUCUCUACUGCUCCCUGUGCAAAGUAGCUGUUAAUUCCCUCUCACAACUGGAGGCACACAACAAAGGUACCAAACACAAAACCAUUCUGGAGGCUCGGAGUGGACUGGGACCCAUUAAAGCAUACCCACGUCUGGGUCCUAAACCCAGCCCAGAGCAAGGAGGGGAGCUGUCCUCUGACCCCAACACUCAGGAACGCACCUUCCACUGUGAGAUCUGCAACGUCAGAGUCAACUCAGAGCUGCAGCUAAAACAGCAUAUAUCUAGCCGUAGGCAUCGGGAUGGAGUUGCAGGGAAACCUAAUCCUCUUCUCAGUCGGCACAAGAAGCGCACAGACUUUAUGGAGCUUCCAAAAACUCUGGGGGCCGGACUUUUACCAAGUCCUCUGGCUGUUGCUGCGGCGAUGGCAGCAGCAGCCUCCUCUAAUCAACUGGCACUACGUCCUCCUGGCCCGACCUCCCACCAUCAUCCCCAUCACCACCUCCUACAGGGAACACACCUCAGCCUGCUGAGGCCCGCCCCAGGUCCCAUUCGCACCACGCAUGGGCCGAUCCUCUUCACCCCUUACUGAUGGAGAGAGAAUGAGGACGAAUCAGGAAGAAGCACACUGUGAAGUGGAGGCCUGCAACCAUGUGCCAUCAAGAGCCAAAUCAGCUGGCAUAGCUCCAGCUGGUGUUUCAUCAUAAUUAAAAACAGUGAACAUAAAUGUGACUCUUUAUGGUGCAUACUGUGGUUGCAGACCACUACUGUUACGUUAACAGGGAGAACCAGAGAUUUCAAAGACACCAUAUGUUUCCAUCCUCCCCGGUUUCCCUUCAUCACUCAGCUAUCUGCUAAUCAUCAAGUAGAUUCUGCAGAUAAUUUGAAGAGGAACUUAUAAAUAAGUUUUUAUCAAGCAUGGACUUCCUUGAGCAUCCUCCAAUCUGCAGCUGACUAAUUAUCUUCAUCUUACAUAUGAUCCACUGUAUCUGACUCAAAACCCUACCUCUCUUAUGUUUUUAAUGUUCACCUCUGCAAGGAUUGAUUACAUAUCCAAAGCAUUAAUGGCAUCAAAAACAUGUCCGGUGGGUUAGAUAUAGUAUUUGCCUCUGAUGUUAGCUGGUAUCAUUCUGUAGCUGUUACAGUAUAGUGGAUUGUGCCACUGUAAAGUUCUGUUUUUGUGGCCUAUAAAGAGAAAAAGGCAACAACAAUUUCUGUACAGUUUCUGCAGUUACUGGCAAACAUUUCUCUGUACUGUAUGUCUACAUUUUCACUAGGGCUGACCCGAGUACCUCGAAGCUUUGAAGCUUCUACCGUUGCCAUGGUAAUCGUCCAAAUCGGUAUUCAAAUGUUGUGGUGUUUUUUUUAUUAUAGCCUAUAUGCAUUACCCCAAAAAUCCCAAAAUAGACCAUGAAAUAAGAAAUAGCAAAUCCAACAUUAUUAACAUUAAAUGGCAUCUUAAAGCGCAAAAGGAUGACAGCAACGCAGUGUUUCCCCUAGGUUGACUGCUUUGGGGGCGGAUGGGCCGUGGGGAGGUCUCUGAGAAGAGAUAGGUGAAGUGAAGGUUACUUGAGUUGACGACAACUCGUUACGUUACAUAAUGCAAAAAUUCAACCGGGGUGUUCUGUUGUGAGUUGUGGUGACUUGCGGUGAGUAAGAAAAAGUAUAAAUAAUAUGUAAUUUGUUAAGCUAUGAGCAGAGGAAAAGUGCAAACCUCUAGGCUAAUUUAUGCAGUGUAAAAUGAAAAAAAAAAACAACAACACUUGUCUAUGAACCUUGACAUUUAUACCCCCACCCCACCCCUGUCGAAGCUUCAAAUAUUCGUGGAUAAUUCUCACUAAAGCUUCGAAACUCCAAAAAUGGUAUUCGGGACAGCCCAUUUACCUCUGUGGGACAGAAACAGGAAGUCAAAGAGGAACAGCAAAAGGGCAGAAAUUGAAACUUGAAACUGUACUGAUGUGUACAUCAACCACAUUUAUGGUUUGGCAAAGGUGGAAAUGUUGUGAAGAAGUAAUUGCUACUGGUGCUUUAUGCAGCUAUCAGUGUUUAUUUUCUUCGGUCUGUGUAAAAUAUAGAAAAUAAGAACAGAAUGAGAGGCAAAACCCAUACAAAGUUAGUUUCUUAGUUCCCCUAAUAAUUCCCCAGAUUCUCCCUGAAUGGCCAUUGACAACAACCACAUGCAUAAAGCCCCAAAAAGCACAUAAGUAAAAGUCUGUGGUGAAAAAUCUACAUGUAAAUGGCUUAAAUACAUUUAAAAUAACAAUCUAUCAUUUUCUCAUCUGCACCUCACUGCGCAAAACAGAAAGGUUUCAGUGUCUUAACAGAAUAGUUUCACAGCUGGACAAUGGUUGAUUUGUGACUUUAGUAGCAGGUAUUUGCAUUAUGUGCACAUUCAAUACAGACCACAUUUUCACCACAAUCCCAUACAAGGAGUGUCGAAGACAUUGGGAUGAAAGACACCAGCAUUAUGUUACAGAAGGAAGAGAAAAGGACCACAUACACAGAUGAGUAGUUGUAUGCAAAAAACAACACACCAUUUUUGGUAGUAUUAUAGGCCUAUAGUGGCAUAAAACUGUUUAGUUUGUCAGCUCUGCCUUGUGUGCUCCAACCCUACAUGACCCUGAACUAUCCCAGUGCAACAGUCAUGAUGGCUUAUGAAAAAUUAGAGGGAAGCUUUAGGAAACGGAAACUGUAGCAAUACUUUAAGCACUCCUGCUAACUUUUCUUGUUAACUGCAAUAAAAAGAAAAUGUCUACAAAUGUAUGAAUUGUUAUUUAGGAGAUGUGUAUUGAAACAUUACUGUAAAUGUAGAUUAUUAACAAAUGAGAAAAGGUACAUGUUGGGGCUUCCUAAUUGUUAAAUUAAAACAAAAUUAUAUAUAAAAUCAUUACACUGAAUUCAUGGUUGUAAGCAAUGUUGAUUGGUGAUUUUUUCAUUUUUUCAAAUGUAAUGAGAUAUGACAAUAAUAAAUCACAAAUGCAA